CUAUUCCUCUGCCGUCGUUGGCGACCUCUUUUCUUCUUUCACGAUGAUCUACUUUGUUGCAUUCUGUGGAAAUGAGUAAAGAAGCGGAAGAGUUCAAUAAGCUGCUAUUUCUCUUCCAGCUCAUGGCAUCCUCCGCCAUCUCUGCCGCUUCCGAGGCCACGAUUGGAGGUAGCUGCAUUGAGGAAGGAGGUGGAGAGAGCGGCGCCGGAGCUCGGUAACCACCGCCGCCUACUCUUCUACAUCUUCUCCGGCUUCUUCACUAAGCUAAGGGGAACUGGGUCUGGGCGAUGGCGGUUGGCUGGUGGUGGAGAGGGAGAUGGAGAUGGGUUGGUGGGGUCAAGGUCGCACCUCUGGCGAUUCUGCCUCUCGUGUCUCAAUGGUAAAGAGAGAAGCACAAUCCCCCCAUUUAACAACUGAAAAUCGACGAUUUGGUCUCUUGUUCUCCAAUCGCCUCAUCCUUCCUUCAUCCAUGGUGCAAAAAUUUGUGAUUCUAGGGAGCAGAAAGCUGCUAGAUCUAGAGUGUCUGAGUUUAAAAUGGGCUGGGCAACAAAAUAAUAAAGAGGGAGACUCGUGUUUUCAGAUUCAGGUGAUUUUUUCCGGCCAGAGAAUGAUACGGCGCCGAAGAUUUAAGGAAGAAAGCAACGAAUUCCUAAAUGGAAGGAAAGCUCGUGCCUCCCGAGCGUCACUGCGCUUUGCCGAGUCACUGAGUCGGCGGGAUGAAUGUUUCAUCGGUUUCUUCUAUUUUGCCUCAGAACAGAAGGCCACCGUCGCUGCCGUCGGCAGUCGCUACUUGAGAAGAUGAAGUCCCAUUGUAUUUGUACCUCAGAUCUAUAAAAGAGAAGGAAAAUUAAAGAAAAUUAAAAGUUACUGAAAUAAUACUUUAUUUCUAGAAAAUUAUUUUUUGGAAUUAUCUUUAUUGUUUAAAAUAUGAUGUGGCAUCCACGUGUCCUGGUCAAGUCUAGUUGGAAAUGAUGUGUCGUCCCAGUGGCAUACACGUCAGCUUAACAUCCAUUUAACUGACG